AUGAUGGGUGAAAGCUUUGUAUGGAGUCAUCGGGGUCGCAGGAUGGUUGGUGAACCUCUCCUCUUCAAUGCUGUACUUGCUGGAAAAGAGUCGCGAGCCAAAUGGCGGGCAACUCAGGUCUGGAAGGAGUCGGAUCAAGUUGCCGGUCACCUGUUAGCUUCUGCAAUCCAGCGGAAUAUGCCCGGCUCUUCGGAAAGCCUGGCGGGAUUUAUGCGGCAAGGUGUCUCCAGUGCAGGGGAAUACAGUGCUACUUCGACAUCAGCAGGAAAAGUGAAUCUGGCCGCUCAUUUGAAUGGGAUUUCGACGGGUGGGUUUCAGCUUCCCCAAACCACCUGCUGUCAUGGCAAUCCACUUUGGCCUAGCCAAGGGACUACUAACUCUCCUAUACCCCUUGGUGAGGGCUUGAAUGAUGAUAUACUUGGUCAAUCAGCUACCAACAUGGUGAACGGCGGUGAUAAUGAUUCGACUAAUCGCCUGUUAGGGCCAGCUGUAUCUAUCGGUCAGGGCCUAUCAGGCGAUGGAAACGGAGUUCACACUUCGAGGAGUGAUGCGGAUGAACUCCGCCUUCUGCUUUUAGAUGCUGGAUUAGCUGGUGUAGACUCUGAAGAGCUUUGCUCAGCCUUCGCUAGCGUCCGUCUUGCAGAAGCCUGGGAGAUAAACAACUUCGCACUUCAAGCAGCCCAAGCAAAUAUGACUACUGCCGUUGAGCCAUCUGGUAGCAGCCUGAUGAAGAAAUCACCGAUAAAUACUACGUCUACUAUGUUGGCACAGACGGAACUCGGGUUUCAGGGAGUUGUGCCCAAACAGACUAGCACUAUGGCGGAAAAGCCGAUAGCUACCUUUCAGUUGGACCAAUUCGAUAUUCGAAACCUCGAACACGGUAAGACCUAA